CCGGCGGCGGCUGUCGGGACGUCGCGGCGCUCCAGCCCUCCCAAGGGCUCCCAGGCACUCGGCGCGGGCCGGCGGCAGCCACGGGGGUGCGCCGGCCACGGCACGCUCCACGCGCACCGCACCCCCGCAGCCCCCGUCGCCACGAGCCACCGGCUGACGCAGGCACCAGAUAUCAACGGCAGGGCGCUAUCUGUCGACGAACUCACCCUGGACGUUCUAUUUGAACGUGGUUCUGGAUACACGAACGAGGAAGAUUUGGUCAUCCUGCUGCCUCCGUCGCAGUUUCAAACAUCAGAAGACUGUUAGCUACAUCGGGUGUUUAGCAAACAAUAUUGCUGUCAGAUAUUGCGUUUUUGUGCGACUGAAGUGUGAAGCCCAGUUGUUGAAAACAAAUAUCGUACGUGUGCGUCACCAAAAAAUCUAUGUCUGCGCCGAAAUGAAUGUUUUUUCGGAGUGCCACCCCCCAAAAGUGAAGUGCGUUUUCUCGUCGAAGAGUGGCUGCGUUGCAGAUAUACCAGUAAUACAUCGGAGCAGGCUAUUCCCAGUAUUUUUUAAAACGAGCGUUAAUGAAGCUAUUCGAAAGUGCCCCUUGAUUGACGUCACACGCCUCUUCACUUCUCGUCCAGCGCUCCGACCAGCUGCUCCGCAUCCUUCAACAACCGACCGCCACAUCCCGGACUCGCGCCGUCGUCACGUGCCGUUGUCGCCACCCGUCGAGAGGAAACUCUCGCGUCGAGAGGGCGUGCGAGCCAUCACGCGUGCGCCGCUGCAGACGGCGCGGCGUCGCACCCACCCCGUGCGGGGCGGACGCGUCGAACGCGUGAAGAACAACGCGUGUCGCAACGGGGCUCCGCGGAAAAAAGUGACGCUCCAGUUCGUGCGAGUGCGUGUUGCGUCCAGAUAGCGCACGCCUUCCUCUUCACGCCGCCGCCUGUUGUGUCGGUGAGCGUUUCCGAUAAUGCGCAAACCAACCGCCCCGGCGACCCCGUUGCGCCCGACGAGAGAAAAGGAAAAGUUUUAUUUUUGUAUUUUUUACAACGGCGUAUAAAUCCAAAGUGAUUCCAGCAACUUCCGCUGGCCAUCUCUUUGCGGGGGUGGUGGAUUGUUCAACUUGGACGUUCCAUCACAUUUGCGUGACAAAAGGCUCUCCAUUUUAGGGCAGCAGUGGUGGAAAUGAGCGCGUGUUUGUGUACGUGAGUGUGUGUGAGUGAUUCAACCGGAAUGGAGAGAGAGAGGAAAAAAAGAUCGCCGCCAGGAUGUGGAGAGGCCCGUGUUCGCGCAUGGGUUGCUGGUGAUGUCGGGCGUGCUUCCUGAUCACGACAUGCAGGGUCCGGCGGAAGGCCAUCGCUCCACGGGGCUCCUGUUCGCGUUCGGAUUCGGGGCGCAGUUACCUUCGACUCUGGCAAACGGAACCGCGCGGAUUCUCGGCCGCGGCGCGAGCGCCGUGAGUCAGGGCGACGCGACGCGACGCGACGCACCAGUGACGGCGGCGAAGCGUGGGGCGGCGGGGGCGGCGGUUCCCGCGCUCGCAGGGUCCACCUGCCCCUGACGCACCGCAACCACCGACCGUGGCGAGGAGCCACACGCGAGCCCCGCCGCCAGCAGCCGGCCCCCGCGGCGCGCUCGCACACGCCUGCUCACUGCAGCUAUUCAUGAAGAGGCGGCCACACGCGCAAUAAUUCGACCACCUACACCGUGUUCACCCGGUGGAUACAUUUUUCUCAUGGAGCAAAUCGGUUAUUUGAUUUAUUUAUUCUUUUAUUUAUUUGUGUGAAGUUGAAUGCACAUUCCGAAAGUGUAAAAGUGGUGGAUUUUGGUGGUUUUUUGAUCAAGAUCUUUUGAUCAAUGGUGGAUUUUUAUUACCAAUAUGAAAAUGUAUCUCUUGUGAAAAAUUUUGUAAAUAUUCUGAAUAAUCAUACACAGGAAACAUAAACACACACAUAAUUUCUUCUCAGUCUUCUUUUUAGAGUUGUAUGCGUUUGCCUACCCCAAUUUUUGUUUUCAAAUGAGAGCUAAUGCCUUCACGUGGGUUGCAAAUGGUAGCUAAUGCUUUGGAAACAAAUGUACCCAGUUACUUGUCUGGGCAAAAAUAUUGCACUACGAUAGUUCUAUUAAUGCUGUAAAUAAAUGAUGAAACUAACAACAGAACAGAAUGUAUUAGAAAGACUGAGAUAUUGCACUUAGUGCUCUGCAAUGUAACGCAAUCCUGAUGAUUUUUUGAUUAUAAAAUAUAAUUUUAACAAAUAAAUGUACGUUCUGGCUAGUUGUAUUAUUAUAUAUAUCUAAAAAUAUGAAGGGAGAAAAUGUUUGCUUUCGAUGGUAGCUGCUUUAAGAGAAUGUCAUCGACACAUUUCACAAAACUAGAUUCUCGGGCUCUCUCUCAAUUCACUUCGAAAGAUCUGAAUAAGAUUACCCGUAAUCUGUAUAUAUUACACUUUUUUUAUUUCAUAUUAGUCACUACUGAGAAAUUUAAAAAGAAAUAAACAUGUUUGCCAACUUUGUAUGGGUCGUUAUGAAGCUUACAUCGGGACAAUAAAUACAUU